AGGGGUGUUAGCUGGGUCCCUGGGAGUCUGGAGGUAGAUCGGCUUCUAAGACCCUGGACUGCUUUGGGCAGGACCGAGUACCAGGAAGCUUGGGCCUGGACCAAGUGUCUGCUAACCACGGUGGCAGCUCGUAGGUGCACUCUCCGGUUCCCCAGCACGGCGAUCAAGAUCCAGUUCACGUCCCUGUACCGUCAGGAAGAGGCCCCAGCGUCCCCACUCCGGCCGCUGCACCCACACAUCUCCCCCCUGAAGAUCCACAUUCCGGAGCCGGACCUCCGGAGCCUGGUCAGCCCCAUCCCUUCCCCGACCGGCACCAUCAGUGUCCCCAACUCCUGCCCGGCCAGCCCUCGUGGGGCCGGGUCGUCUGGCUACCGCUUCGUCCAGAACGUGACCUCGGACCUGCAGCUGGCGGCGGAGUUCGCCGCAAAGGCCGCCUCGGAGCAGCAGGCCGACACGUCCGGAGGGGACAGCCCCAAGGAUGAGUCGAAGCCACCCUACUCCUACGCCCAGCUGAUCGUGCAGGCCAUCUCCUCGGCGCAGGACCGGCAGCUAACACUAAGCGGCAUCUACGCGCACAUCACCAAGCACUACCCGUACUACAGAACGGCUGACAAGGGCUGGCAGAAUUCCAUCCGCCACAACCUCUCUCUGAACCGCUACUUUAUUAAGGUCCCUCGUUCCCAGGAGGAGCCUGGGAAGGGGUCUUUCUGGCGGAUCGACCCUGCCUCAGAGGCCAAGCUGGUGGAGCAGGCGUUCCGGAAGCGGAGGCAGCGGGGCGUCUCCUGCUUUCGCACCCCCUUUGGGCCGCUGUCAUCCAGGAGCGCUCCGGCCUCACCCACUCACCCGGGGCUGGUGUCACCUCGUUCCAGCGGCCUGCAGACUCCAGAGUGCCUGUCCCGGGAGGGCUCACCCAUCCCACAUGACCCUGACUUUGGGUCCAAGCUAGCCUCCGUUCCCGAGUAUCGGUAUUCCCAAAGCGCACCCGGCUCUCCCGUCAGCGCCCAGCCGGUGAUCAUGGCCGUGCCUCCGCGGCCGCCCAGUCUGGUGGCCAAGCCUGUCGCCUACAUGCCAGCAUCCAUCGUGACGGCGCAGCAGCCCUCGGGCCAUGCGAUCCACGUGGUGCAGCAGGCCCCCCCGGUCACCAUGCUCAGGGUGGUCACCACAUCUGCCAGCUCCGCCAACGGGUACAUCCUCGCCAGUCAGGCCUCAGCGGGGGGCCCCCACGAAGCAGCAGGCACAGCUGUGCUGGACCUGGGCGGCGAGGCGAGAGGCCUGGAAGACAGACCCACCGUUGCAUUUGCCACCGUCCCCGCUGCCGGCCGAGUGAUCCAGACAGUGGCCAGCCAGAUGGCCCCAGGGGUCCCCGGACACACGGUCACUAUCCUGCAGCCAGCCACACCAGUGACCGUCGGGCAGCACCACCUCCCAGUCCGGGCCAUCACGCAGAACGGCAAGCAUGCCGUCCCCAGCAGCGGCUUAGCCGGCGGCGCGUACGCCCUCACCAGCCCUCUGCAGCUCCUCGCAGCCCAGGCCAGUUCAUCCACUCCGGUGGUGGUCACACGGGUUUGCGAGGUGGGGCCCGACGAGCCGGCAGCAGCGGUAGCAGUAGCAGCCGCCACCCCUGCCACCCCCGCCCCUGCCGCCACCACGUCUGCCCCUUCCACUGGGGAGCCCGAGGUCAAGAGGUCCCGUGUGGAGGAGCCCGCCGGGACUGCGAGCACGCAGGCCGGGGUGAUCACAGCCACCGGCCCGCAGGGGCCUGGAACCGGGGAGUGACGUCACUGGCGUGGAGGUGGAGUAGGACACGCGCCAAGAGGAGUUCUGGGGCUGGACCGAGGCGGCUGGCAUCACCUCGCUUGGACCAUGAUGAGAAAGCCCCCUGCGGACCGCAGCUCGGUGCCAAACGGACAGUCUGCCUCCGCCCACCUGCACCCAGACCCCUCGUCCUCCUCAGCGUCUUGUCUCCUGCCCCUGCUCUGGUUAAAACAAAAACACAUAAACACGUUCAGACCGCUGAUUGUAUGAUUCUGGGAA